GGUAUAUCUUACCAGUAAUGAUAUAAUCCUUCAUUGAUGGGCGUUAAAUACAGUAUUGGGUGGAGCGUUAUGGGUGAGUGCAGCCAGUCUAGGCAAAUACUGAUCUACGCAUAUACAGAGCCACGUCGACUGUGUCAGAGGGCGUGUUACGACUCGGAGAAGAUAUCGUCUGCAUACGAUCUCCUCCUGACGAUAUGACAAACUACUUGGCUGACUACUAGUAGGGAUAGAACUUGCAGGCACCGUUGUAAUCUUCUGUCUCCUGGGGUCUAGAGAUGACGGCUGAAGAAACAUCGGCCAUAUGAGGACUAUGGGUGACUUAGUUACACGAGUCAACAAUGCGGCCGGCAACGAUGGUAUUAUUAAAUGCUAGCUGUACUAAUCAGUUAUUUAUUGACUUUGAUUGGCGGAAUUAAUCUUGUCCUGGCAAAAAGAAAAAAAAAGGAGUAGCAGUGCGCACGCCAGGUAGAGGCAUGUGGAUCACACUACAAAUAUUUCACAAUUAACCAUUUACGCCAUUAUUAAAACAAAUUAGAAUCGGAGAAGCCGAAGACACACCAUGGACUUGUUGAAGACGAAUUUAGCUGCAGAGAACACUUCAACGACACCAAAGGCGGUCUUUUUCUAUCCCCGCCAUGAAAUCACCCUCCAACAGCUAGCUCUGUUUCUCAUAUGGGUGGUAUGCGGGGCGGUGUGGUUGAUACGGCGUUGUCGGGGUAAACGUGAUACCCAAACGACCCCUACACUAAAAGAUGGCCUGAUUAAAGCGAAGCAGGCUGAGGAUGAAGGGGAAGAGGGUCAGCCCGCUGACCAUAAGACUGCAGUUGAGGAUACUUUGACAAAACUAGAGAACGGCACUGAAAUAUGUGGGGAAACUAAUAAAUCCAAUAGCGUUAAAGUUGACAUGGUGGUGGUCAGUAGUACACAGCCAAAUAACGGACAAUUCCCAAAUGGCGGGAAAUUAAAGAGCAACGACAAGACGUUCACAAGCGUGAAGCCGCCAUGUUCUUUUGACGACUUUUUGAAAUACGUGAUGGUGUUUGGGGCCAUCAUGAUGUAUUUUUAUCUUUGUGAUUACAGAAAGGUGUUUCCGGCCACCGAGAGAGUUUAUGUACGAGACACGUUUCUGUUCCUGGUGUUUCUUUUGUUCCUGGUGGCAAGUGCAUUUACCGUCACACCAACCGCUGAUAAACUGAUAAACAGGGACCAGACGGAAGAAUGGAAAGGAUGGAUGCAGGUGAUGUUUGUAUGGUACCACUACUUCGCCGCCAAGGAAUGGUACAACUGGAUUCGCGUGUACAUCGCGGCCUAUGUCUGGAUGACAGGCUUCGGCAAUUUUUCUUUCUUCUGGGUUCGGAAAGACUUUUCCCUGUGGCGCAUGCUCAAGAUGCUCUUCCGUCUUAACUUCCUGGUCAUCGUGAUGUGUGCAGUGACCGACAACGAGUACAUGAAUUACUACAUCUGCGCCAUGCAUACGUACUGGUUCUUAACGGUCUAUAUUUUCAUGCGCACAUUUAACUCGUGGAACCAGAACCGCUUUUUGAUGCUCAUCAAAUUCGCAGCGUACGCUUUGGCAAAUGCGAUCAUAUUCGACGUCCCUGGGGUAUGUGAGAAGGUGUUUUACCCUGCUUGGAUUAUCCUAAAGUUCCAUAACGGGAAUUAUCCCUUAAUGCACGAGUGGGCGUUCAGAGGCGGUUUGGAUCAUUGGGCGACUUUUGUUGGAAUGCUGUGCGCCUAUAACUAUCCGCACUACGAAAAUCUAAUGAAUUGGUUGGAUGAAAAAGCGUCCUAUAAGGGAGAGCGUCUCACGUCUCUUGGGAUUAAGCUCUGCAUGGCGGGCGUGGCCGUCGUUAUUGGUAUCAUAUGGUACGAAGAAGUCAUGACGAAAGAUAAACACGAAUAUAACGCGCUCCAUCCGUACACCUCCUGGACCCCAAUCCUUAUUUUCAUAGUGCUCAGGAACUUAUUCCCAGUAGCGAGGACACACUAUCUGAACUUGUUUGCGUUUUUGGGGAAAAUUACCCUUGAAACUUAUCUCAGUCAGCUACACGUCUACCUGCAGUCAAACGCAAAAGAACUUAUAGGGUAUAUUCCAGGUUAUCCGCUUCUAAAUCUCGCCUUCUCAACUGUGAUUUAUUUGAUUAUAUCGUACGUGUUGUUCCACCUUACGGUAGAAUUCAGUUGCUAUCUUCUCCCUAGAGACAUGCAGCGGUUUGGCCGUAACGUCAUGCUCAUUGCAGUAAUACUGACAAUAUCAAUGAUAGGAGCUUUCACAAUUAAAACGAUAUUUCAUAUUUAGGAAAUGUCUCUAUUUGUCACCAGGACUUGAUAAUGACAUAAAAAUAUCGUGCAUACUGAAGAACAGCUAGGCUAUUCAUGAAUAUCUGAUCCUUACAUUUAAUUCAGUGUUGAUGGUGUUUCAGUCUUAUUCCUUAGCGAUAUCAUUGUGCCAGUGCAAUUGAGAAACUUAACGCAGCAGCGGCCUUAACUACAUGUUUACCUGUCACAAGUUUGCGCCCUGCUCCUUAAGUUUAUCGACCGUGUCAAUUAUUUAUUUAUUUGUUAUCGAUAUCGCACACGGCGCUGAAAGUGACUUUUUACGUAAUAGCAAGCAAUUAGGUAAUUAUAAAUUGUCAACCUCUCCAAGCUAUAUAACAUGACGUGAAAAUGCUAAAUAUUUCGUGUAGGCCUCAUCAAGAUUGAAGCCAUUGGCUGAUUUAACGUGUAAUAUGACAUAAUGUGGUUCUACAUUUCACGAAUACUCUUCAAAUUUAUUAUGUGGAAUCCUCUUGUAACUAUUCUGCCAUCAUGUCUGUAUAAAGGGGUGAGAGAGAGCAAAUACCAUACAGACACAUCGUACAGAUAGUGGCAGAUACUUUCUCUAUUCAUGUGGGCCCUUUUAAUAUUUUAGUUUCUGGUAAUGCCAGAGUAACGUGAUGAAACUGCACUGUGAUAUGGCUUACACACAUAUUUCUCUACAUAUCGUAGUUAAAAAGUUAAUUGUCUGGGGGAUAUAAACGUAUUUAGAAUCUGGACAUGUUGCUCCUUGCUUA